UUAACUAUCUGCUGAGAUAAUACUACGCAAGCUUAUCGGAUAACGCGAGUUCCAAAUUUGUACUUUGCUGGGGUAAUAAGUUCAGUGGACAUUCGCCCAAUUUUUUCAGUCUUGAUUCAAUCGCGUUAGCUCGCGCAUAAACCCGGUCUUGGGGGCGAAUUUCUUUCAGAUCCCAUCAUGUGUGGCAUUUUGGCAGUGUUCUCGAAUUCUCGCCAGGCAGUGAAGCCGAGAAAAUACAAAAGUUGCAGGCUGCAGUCUUUGCGGGAGAUAUCGUUCCAGCAAAGCAGAAACCAGCGUCAUCGUGGUCCUGAUGAUACCGGCGUCGUGAAUGUCGAGCAAGACGGAGUGGUCCUCGUGCAUGAGCGGUUGUCCAUUAUAGGUGUUCAUACUGGGCAUCAGCCCCUCAAAUCAAGCGAUGGGAGUGUGAUGUUAAUCGUCAAUGGAGAAAUCUACAACUAUUUGGAACUUGCGGCAGAAAUAGCUAACAAACGGAGUGAUUACACCCCGAAAAGUGACUCAAACGUUAUUGUGGAAAUGUACGAAGAGCAUGGCAUCGGCCUCCUCAAGCAUAUCACGGGAAUGUUCGCCUUCGUCCUAUACGAUACUAAAAAGCAGUUCAUUCUUAUGGCUCGUGACCCGUUUGGAAUCAUUCCUAUGUACCGCGGGCAGGAUCAGGAGGGAAAUACGUGGGUGGCCAGCGAGUUGAAAUGUUUGGUCGAUGUGUGCUCUAAGGUGGAGUCAGUGGAGCCAGGAACUAUGAUCUACGGGCAAGCAAACAAUCUUAAAUCAGAAGUUUACUAUCAACCGGCUUGGCUGCGUAAGCCCCUUUCUCAGCCGACUGACUUGAGAAUGCUUUGCCAAAAGUUGGAGGAAGCAGUACGGUCUCAUCUUCAAGCAGACGUGGAAGUUGGAGCGCUCCUUUCCGGGGGAAUAGAUUCGAGCCUAAUAGCAGCGAUCGCAACCAAGAUAAUUCGCGAAAGGAAACCGAAUUACCGCUUAAAAACCUACAGUAUUGGCCUUAAAGGUGCACCUGAUUUUAAGUACAGCAGAAUGGUUGCAGAUUUCAUUGGGAGUGAUCAUUCGGAAGUAAUUUUCACAGUCGAGGAAGGACUCGAUUAUAUCCGAGAUGUCAUUUACAGUUUAGAAACUUACGAUACGACGACUGUGCGUUGUAGCAUUCCAAUGUAUCUAUUGGCACGUUAUAUUAAGGGUGAAGGGAUAAAAGUUAUCCUUUCUGGCGAGGGAUCUGAUGAGAUUUUCGGGGGUUACUUGUACUUCUUCAAAGCACCAAAUCCUAAGGAAUUCCACCAUGAACUCGUGAGCCGCAUCCAAAAACUUCAUCUUACCGAUUGUCUUCGAGCUAAUAAGGCUUCAAUGUCAUGGGGCUUGGAAUUACGUGUUCCAUUCUUAGACACUGCAUUUGUAAAUCAUGUCAUGUCCAUAAAACCAGAAGAGAAAAUCCCCGGCAUCCACAACACUUUCCAAGGUGAAGUUGAGAAACAGGCGACGAACUCAUCGUCUACGUCGAAAAUGGAGAAGUACAUUCUGCGCUGUGCUUUCGCUAAUAACUACAUUCCGGACGAAGUAAUCUGGCGGCAAAAGGAGCAAUUUUCCGACGGUGUAGGAUAUUCGUGGAAUGAUUCUAUCAGACGUUAUGCAACUGCUCAGGUGACGGAUGAGGAAUUUGCCAAAGCUGCCGAAACUUUUCCUAUCAAUACGCCCAAGACGAAGGAAGCAUUUUACUACAGAGCGAUAUUCGAGGAAAUGUUUCCCGGGGAGCAUUGCGCUCGUACAGUUAAGUAUUGGACACCGCGCACCGAUUGGGGAUGCCCCGAGGAACCUUCAGGACGCGCCCAGUCAGUCCACCAAGAGCACCAGUAAAAAGCGGCUUCUUAAAUCUAAUUUGAUUCUCUGCCUGUCAUAAAAUUUCCAUUACUGUAAUUAAUCACUAGAAAUCAUGAAAUUCGUAAUCUAAUCUUUGGAAAGU